GCAAAUAUACGCCAUUUUUUGUGACGUCACGAGUGAAGUGAGAAAGUAGAAAAACAUUCAUGAUAGAGGGAACCAAAUGACUGAGUCAAUGAUUUAUCCGGUGUGAUUUAAUUCUUUAGAACGAUUAAAUAUGCCACUUUUUGGUAAAAAGCAUGAAACGGAUAAGAAACAUUCAAAGGAAUCGGAUGUUCGGAAGAAAUACGACUUUAAGCGGACCCUAGGAACAGGUGCUUUUUCGGAAGUUUGGCUAGCAGACGACAAAUCGGAGAGGGGUAAAUUAGUGGCCAUAAAAUGUAUAGAUCGAUGUGGAUUUCUAGGCAAGGAAGAAUCGCUGGAGAAUGAAAUUCAAGUCCUUCGAAGACUCAGCCAUCCCAACAUUGUGCAGCUGCUAGAUGUGUUUGAUGACAAAGCUCACGUGUACCUUGUCAUGGAAUUAGUGACAGGGGGUGAAUUAUUUGAUAGGAUAGUUCAGAAAGGUAGCUACACAGAGAAGGAUGCCAGCAACCUGAUCAAACAGGUGCUAGAAGGUGUGGACUACAUGCAUGAUCGUGGUGUGGUGCAUAGGGAUUUAAAGCCAGAAAAUCUAUUAUAUUAUAGUCCAGAUGCUGAUUCUAAAAUUAUGAUUAGUGAUUUUGGUUUAUCAAAAAUGGAAGAAUCAGGAACCAUGGCGACCGCCUGCGGCACACCGGGAUACGUAGCACCUGAAGUUUUAGCCCAGCAACCAUAUGGAAAAGAAGUUGACUGUUGGUCCAUAGGUGUAAUAUCAUACAUAUUAUUAUGUGGUUAUCCUCCGUUUUAUGAUGAAAAUGAUGCAGCUUUGUUCCAGCAGAUUCUCCGAGCCGAGUACGAGUUUGAUUCGCCCUACUGGGACGACAUAUCAGAGUCAGCUAAGGACUUUAUCCGACAUUUAAUGUGCAAGAAUCCAAAGCAGAGAUUUACAUGUAAACAGGCACUAUCUUAUCCAUGGAUUUCUGGUAACACUGCAUUAGAGAAGGAUAUCCAUGCUUCUGUCAGUGAACAGAUGAGGAAGAAUUUCGCAAAAACGAAGUGGAAGCAAGCAUACAAUGCCACAGCCGUGAUAAGACAGAUGAAAAAGCUAGCCAUGAACAAAGAAGACCAUAGUCACCAUGCGGAGACAAAGUCCUAAACUGGCCACCAUUGGUCGAAUUGUUUGUAUCUCCAUGACAACAUAUGGGGAGACUCAAGUCGAAGCGCAUGUGUGUUUUGUACUGGAUCUACAAGCGUUUCAGUUUGAAGCGUUGAAAUGACAGCGACACAUAUUUAGGGCAGGAAAUGGCCUGGAGUGAUAGCAGUUUUGAAUCUCUGUCAAACUUGUAGAUUGUGUCUCAAUUUUAUAUUUAUUGUUACCAAGUUUUGUUACUUAUAUUUAUAUUCUUUGAAAUAUAGGAUAGGGUAGGUGGAACUUUAGGGUCUUCUGUCAAAAAAAAAGAUCAAAAUAACUUUAAAAUACUAACAGAAAAUAAUACACUGUAUGAUUUUAAACUUUGCAAAUGGAAUAGAUUUAAAUUAUUACAUGUAUUGUCAACCAAUAGAAAAAAUUGCACAGAUCUUAGGAAGUAAGAGUACCAUUUUUUUUUCCAAGUUACAUUUUGUUGUUGUCUAUUUUAAUAAUUACCAAACAAGUGGCCUGAAUACCUUAAGGCACUGCCCAUUGUGUUUGGCAUUUUUUAUUAAGCACUUCUUGAUGAAGGUGCAGCAGAUGUUGUGGAAUCUAUAGACUGAGAGAACAAAAUUUUGUGCAGAGCUGUAUAAAUGUUGUUGCAGCAUGGCGUAUAAUACUAUUUUAACUACGACCCCGUAGUUGUUAAUACAUUCCUUGUUAGUUGUUGUUGUCAUGGCAUUUUACACUUGUUGAAAUUUUCUCUCUCUCUCUUAUCAUGUCAAUCAUGAGAAUUAAUUAGGCCAUGGACUGGCACCAGUGACUUACUUAUCUCUUAACCUUGACCACAGACUGUCAUUACAGCUGUAUUUAUAUGACAACAGAGAAUGGUUAAAGUAAGGGGAAGUUACUGGUAUUUGCUUCUGUUAUUUUGUGUAUGUAGAUCAUCUAGAAAAAUUCUCAGUUAAGCUUGGACUUUCAGUAAGGCGUGGCAUUCUCGGCGCUACAUAAUUAGCAUCUGUCAAAUGGUGAAUAGAUUCUCAUUGAUUAAGAAAUAUAUAACAUCGGGAACUUGUUCACAACGAUGAGACAACUUAAUCCUCACCAUUGUGCGGUGCGUGAAUUUGUUAUUGGCUAUUUGCUACACUCAUUGACAUUCAGCGGAAUUUUAUCCUAUGUAUAUAUUCAACAUUGAGGAAAAUACUUUAAAUUUCAGAUGCUACUUAUGUAACAUCAAGAAUGCCAUGCCUUACUGAAAGUCCAAGCAUAACUGAGAAUUGUGAUAUUUAAUGCUAGCUAAUAGUACUGUAUACAGGGAAAUUUUCACCUCAGUUUUAUUUUUGCUCCUUUUGCCCAAAGGUAGGCGAACUAAAACGGUGAAUUAAAAAAGAAAACACAGUAUGAUUUCUUAGAAUUAUGACUGGGCAAAUUUAAAAUGGGGCCAGAUUGUUUGCAAUUGUGAAAAUAACACUAGGCAAAAAUAGCCCAGUAUACAGUAUAUAUAUAUAUAUAAUUUUGUCUCAAGAGCUGUGAUGCACAGAUAUAAUUUGUUUAUUAGAUUGAGAGUUCAACUUUAAAUUGUAUGGGUUUUUUUCUUGACCAUACAAUAUAUUGUGUAAAGUCACAUAUGUCUAAAAGUUAUUUUUCAAAGGAAUCCCCCUUUUCUUGAAUAUUAUGUUUUGGACAAAUUUGUUUUAACAGAGUGUUCCUGUUAUAUGAUAGUGUGCAAUAUUGUUUGUUUUUUGACUUUUUUGUUAAAGCUAAAAUGAAUGAUCUUUAAAAUUCAGUUGGUAACUUAAGAUAAAGAUGUCUUUGUUUUUUAUGUAUUGUCAUAUUCAAAGCACUUAUAUAGGGGCUGGUUCAAUUUUAUAAAAAAAAAAAGAACUAUACUUUUUUUUUAACAUUAAAUCUUUAUUAAUAAUAUGAACUUGAAAAAGUACAGUUUACUUCUUUUCUGAACACCAAAUUUUACACAGUGUUUUGUUUCCCAUAGGUUUUCAAAUAAGAAGUAUUGUUAUUGAUAUUGCCAUGUAUAGAAAAUUUAAUACUCUGGAAUUAACAAUCUUUAAAUAUAGACAAUCUUUUCUUUUAUAUUCUACUUUCAUAUUUUGGAAGUAAUUUAAACCAACAAUUAUUUCAUUAUAUAUAGCAUGUUAGUUGUAUGUCUUAUUUUAUAUUAGAGCAAAAUAAUUCAUGGGAAAGGUAACUCGUAAAGAUUUUUUCAUCUUCUAUAGUUAAAAAAAAAAAUAUUUAAAGAAAAAUUGUUUUCUCUACAGUGAGAUGUGAUAUUUAUGUAUAGGUCUUAAGCAGAAAAGAUAUUUGGAUGGAGGGUACAUGUAUCUUGCUAUAUUGGCUUAAAAUGUAUAUGUUUGAUUUUAAAUUCUCUUUCUAAUAUUGUAUUUUGUGGUGUCCACAUGCUAAUAUAAGAAAACUUUCUAAGAAUUCUAAGAAUUUAUGUGACAUUGUCUGAAAGAUCAUAUGAGCGUAGUUAUUGUAUUUUAAUGAAACAAGUAUUAAUAAAAAGAUUUAAUGUCAUAUUAUAAAUUUUUAUACUAAUAGAUUACUAAUACUUGUAAAUGCUACGGACUGUAAAAAGUGAAAACAAAUUUUAAAAAAGUGUUUUUCUGUAAUGUUGAAAUCCAAUUAUUGAUGGAUAAUAUUAAGGAGAAACUUGGAUUAAAUUAAUGUACAGUGUAAUAAAAUUUAAAAAAAAUUACACUUUGUUAUAAUCUAAAUGAAUGCUAAAUAAUGUAAAGAAUCAAAGUCUGAGGGGGAAAACGACAAGUAUUUAUAAAUGUGUUGACAAAUCAAAUUUCACAUGUAAGUGCAGCAUAUGUAGGAUAAUUAAUAUUUGUAGAGUAGGCUAGCUUAUUGCUUUACAUGUCGCGACCAUUUUGAACAAAUUACUGUUGUAGCCUUUAAAAAAGUUUUUUCAAUCAAUUUUUUAAACAAUUUUUUCCUAUUGAUGUGUCUUCAUAUUUAUUUAUUGUAAUCUUGUGUAUUUAUUAUUGUAAAACAUUGAUAUUCCAAAAAAAUACCUAAUUAAAUAUUAUUUUUUAAAACUUUA